UGAAAAGAAAGAAAUCCCACAAGGCUAUUUAAUCAACAUGUUUGUUUGUUGUUUUUUUCGCUGACCAUUGGUCAUUUGGUUGGUGAAUGUUAUUCGACAAUGUUGACCAUACAGGAACGUAUUAAACGUCGACGUAGUUUUAUUUUCGAAAAUGCAAAUCAUUGUGAAUGUGAUGUUUAUCAAAAUCAAACUGAUGAAUAUUAUUGGUCUAAACCACCAGAUUGGUUUGAGCCGGGUAAUUUUCAACAAGCACAAAAACUUUUUCGUACAUAUAAAAGCACAUUCAUACUAAGUUACAUUUAUGGUUUAUCAUUAUCAUUUUUCUAUCCAGACGAUUUGAUUCCAUUAAUCAGUACAGGUAAAUCAAAAUCUGUAGCACACCUGUUUCAACGUUAUCUAAAGACGAUUGAUUAUAUUUCGAUAUGGUUUGAAUUGAAUCCAUUCGAUGAACAAAGUAAAGCAUAUAGAACAUUGUCUACAAUACGUCAAAUGCAUAGUAAAGUAUCACAGAAAUUAAAUAAAAAUCAAACAUCCAGAUUAAUCUGGAUGAAUCAAUAUCGAAUGUAUCAUGGACAAUUUCCAUUUGUUGGUUUGUUUGCUAUAUUUCCUAAACAAUUAGGUUUUGAUAUUUUAACACAGAAGGAAAUACAUUGUAUAUUUCAUUUUUGGCGUACAAUUGGUUAUUGUCUUGGUAUUGAUGAUCAAUUUAAUCUUUGUUCAGGUACGGAUCAGGAAAUUAUUGAAAUUUGUCAGCAAAUUUUUCAACAAGAAUUACUACCAACAUUAACAACAUUGCGUCAACAACCAGCUAAUGAUGAUGAUACAAAUCUAUCCAUAACCAAUACAGCAAGAUUAAUGUCAAAAGGUUUAUUUCAAGCAUUGGGUAUACUUGAACCAUUCAUAAAUUAUAAUAUAAUGAUGAGAUAUGCAUGUAAAUUUGUUUGGAAAAAAAUUCCCACACCUGCUAUCGAUGAAGAUGAUAUUCGAUUGAAAAAUUUUCCAUCUCGUAUUCAUUAUAUAUUUACAAUUGUUGCAUAUAGAUUUUUUUCCCAUUUCCGAUGGUUUCAUUGGUUAUCAUCAAGAUGGUUAGAAUAUCGUUUGAAACAGGCAAAAAAAUAUUGUAAAUAUUAUACACAAUGUUUAGAACGAAUGUAUCCCAACCAUAUUGUCGUUGAUGAUGAUUAUUAA